AUGAGUUCUGAAGAUCAAUUUACUUCUAUCCAGUGGGAUAGGGAGGAGUUGGGGAAAGAUCAGACCAGCAAUACGACCGCAAAGAUAGAUUCCAUUUCUGAGGAAUCGAACUCGCAGCACAACUCCGAAGGCAAGUCGAAUGACGUAGGUGAAACCGGUAUAGCAAAGACAACAGUUACAAAUGAGCAAGAGGGAAUUGCAGAAGCUGAAGAUUACCAUAGUAGUAAGUCCAAUGGGGACGAUCCCAGUGCUUCUUUACUCAUUUCCAGUGAGCAAGUGGGUCAUUCAGGGCAAGAAUCGAGCAACACGGACAACAAUGAGCAAUCACAACAUGCCGAAGCUGUUGAGGGCGAACGAGAGGCUAGCGAGCAAACUGCAAAUGCGGCAACAUCACAUACUGGUGUCGAGCCUGUGGACACCACUCUAUUCGAUAAAUACAAGAUUGAGGUUUCAGCCACACAUCCAAGUAGGGAUCUAGAUGCAUCAUCAAAACCAUUCAUUUCUUACUUGGUCACGACAACUACUGAUAACCCCAACAUUCUCAAGCUUAUCAAAGAGAAACCGUCAUCAGAAGGCGAAGAUGAUGAGCAGUAUCACACUUUCAGUGUUCGUCGUCGGUAUGGAGAUUUUCGCUACUUGUAUGAGAGUUUGACGAAUGAUUUCCCUACAGUCAUGAUUCCUCCAUUGCCAUCAAAGCUGAAUAUAAAAUACUUGACGGGGGACACUUUUAGUCAUGAAUUUGUCCACAAACGAUUGCAUUCGUUGGAUAGAUUCUUAAGAUUUAUUGUUCAACAUCGUGUUUUAUCUCAACUGUCAAUUUUUCAUUUGUUUAUCAGCGAUUCUAGUGAUUGGAAUACUUUUACAACUUCUUUGAAACUUAAAGAAUUGAAUGUCAAUGGAGACCAAGGAGGUUUGGUGAAUAAAGUUGUCAAUGAAGAGUUGAUUACAGAAAAAUUGAUGAAUUUUUUAACCUCAUCCAAGCACAAGAAGGAAACUAAUCGUGACAUAUUGGAGAUCAAUGACAAGUUGAAGAAAUUGUAUGAGAAUCUUGUCAAGUUGGAUCGUAUUUUCACCAAAUUGAAUAGGAAGAAUCGUGAUUUGAAAAGUGAUUAUGAACAGCUUCUGAAGCAACUUUUGAAAAUUUCAAAUUUACAAAAUGGUCAACCAGAAGAUGCAGCAAUUACAUCCAAUUUCAAGAUUUUUGCUGAAGCUCUUGAUUUCUUCCUGGAGUCAUGGGGUCUGUUGUACACAUAUAUGGAUGAGUCGUUUUUGAUUCUGUUGAGGGAUUGCUCAAAGUACAUUAUUGGUCUCACAAACUUGAUUGAAUUGCUACAUAAUAAAAAGAUUGAUUUGCAAGUGUUGCAGGACUACUUAAAUAAAAGUAGAAAUGAAUUGGGGAAUGCAACGGGGCAACAUCACCAAUCAGCGCAUCAAACCACUAGCAAUGGUGGCAUAGUGAGUAGUACAACCCAAUUGAUCAAAGAUACGAUAUCAACCUCAGCUACAUCUCAUAUAGGGUCUAGCGCCACUGAUGCCAAGAUACAUAAGUUGCAGGUCAAGGUACAAGAAUUGGAAAAUGAGAUUGGAUUACAAGUGAAGUUGAUCAAUGAGUUUACCGAUAAGAUUAUCAAUGAAGAGUAUCCAAACUGGGAACGGUUCAACAAAUCAGAGUUGAAGAAUUCCAUGCUUGGAUUGUGUGAUCAGCAAAUCGAUUUCUACAAGGGAUUAGUUGAUAAUUGGAGUGAUGUUGAAUUGAAACUUUCUAAACGAUUAGAAGAGUUGAGUUGA